CCAAGACCUACACCAAAGAGAGAAUGUAAACAAAAGUGGACGGAUCAGCUGUUGUGUUGUGGCCAAGAAUUCUGGAAUGUUUCAUGCCAAGACUCCUUUUUUGUCCCCUGAACCUCUAACAUCAGCUGACAGACCUCACUAACAAGGGGAAGACAGGCCCGGCAUGCUGCUACGUCCUCGGCGCUGAGAUCAGUAGUGGUGAGAAGGAAUCAGGGCAGAAAGUAUGAUGAUGCAAUCUUAUGGGAAGAAGACAACACUAAUCAUAUAAUCAUGACUGGUGAGGAGUUGCUGGCAUCCAUUGAAGUUUAUCAAAAUCAGUUGCAGCAGAUUGAAGAGGCCCUCACAACAGCUGGAAAUGAAGAAAAACGUCAGCUGAAAGAGUUACAAGCCAACCUCCUGCAGCUUCUUGAACUCACCCUGCAACAGUUGAACCAACAGUCACACUCUGAGCCACAGAAGGACACAGCACAUGGCAACCAGGAACAGCCUGCAAAGGAUAUCACUCCAUCAAACAGUAAAAGUGAAGAAAUCAACUUGGAUGAGGAAUUUGCACUCUUCAAGUCUGAAAUUGCAGCUAUAUCAGGGGAGGAUGAAGAAGACAAGACCACAGCAAAGCACUCCCAGGAGGAACUUGAGGCAAUGGUUGGGAAUCACUACAGAGCUCCCUUCACAGAGAAGUGGGGCGGCCUCUCCUACCACAACGCUGUCAUCCUCAGCCUCGUAACAAAGGAAGGAGGGGAUGUCAGCUUGGUGGAUCCUGAGGUGCGGGUGUUGUUCAGUCAGCCGACUUCGCUGGAGAUGCUCACCUGUCGCUUCUUCCUCUCCGGCUACUGCAAGUACUCGGAGGACAAGUGUCGAUUCUCCCAUGGAAAAGUUGUUCCUGUGGCAGAAAUCAAGGAAUACAGAGACCCUGAUUAUGAUGCAUUAGUCCCUGGCAGCCGUGUGCUGGUGCAGUACAGCAGUGACCUCUGGACGAAUGCGACCAUACAAGACAUCCUGGAAGACAGAUCAGCAUUCUGCAUCAAGUAUGACAAGAAUAAGGAGAUCGCAGAAGUGACGCCACUGCAACUUGUACCGCUGGGCCACGAUGACGGGGUGGAGAAUGACAGUGAAGAUGACAAUGAUGCUGAGAGAUCUGGCCCCACACAGGACACAAGUCUGGACAGCAGUGAUGAUGAACAAGAAAUUUUCAUCCCGAGCGCAAACUGGUUCCAGAAUUCCCUGUCAAGACGGCUUGGAGACUGGGAGAAGCACACCAAAGGCAUCGGGUCCAAGUUGAUGGAGAAAAUGGGCUAUAUUGUGGGCACUGGCCUGGGCCGAGAAGGGGAGGGCCGAGUGGAGCCAGUGUCCGCCUAUGUGUAUCCUCAGGGAGUGUCUCUUGACCGGUGCAUGGAGCUGCGAGAAGCAUCCAAUGGCGAGGAGCUGCUGGAGGUUGAGAAGCGCCUUGACAGGGAGAAAAGGAAAGAAGAAGCUAAGUCGGCCCAAGUUGCAGAACGAUUGCGGAAGCAAACUUCUGUGUUUGACAUAAUAAAUAAAAAGUUGGGAGGGAAAGGUCAGCCUUCUGAAGAUGAUGUAGAUGAAAAGGAAAAGCCAAAAGUGAACAUAAGUUCAGGUGUCCUGCAGAAAGAUACUGCCAAAAACCUGAACAGGAAAAACUAUCAAAUCAGUGAAAAUAUUCGACAACUGGAAAGAGAAGUGAACAAGAUAGAAAAGACAAAAGAGAGGCAGAGCAAUAACAAAGCUGCACUUGCUCUUAUAAAUACUCGGCUAGAAGCUAAGAAGUCAGAGCUGCGAAAAUUCAAAGAUGCUGAAAAACUGGUACAGGGAGAGCAGCAGAAGAGAAGAGACACUAAAAAAUAUUGUAUUUUUUAAAUUGUUCAUACACAGAUAUUACAUGAUCACCCCACUCAGCUGAGAUUUUUCCGCUGACGAGGAACAGUUACUGUCCCUCCUUCAGCAAGGGGGAUGGGGUGUGUGAAGGUCCCGGCAGUACCCAGAGAUCAACUAUAAUGAGCUUGCUCUAAUGGACCGUAUUGGCUAUACAGGCAGCGCCACAUGUGGCCACUCAACUCCAAGCUGCCCUUUCCAAAGAGUUCAAGUUAUAGACUAGAAUGCGUCUGAGGCUGUCUCCAGAAUACACGGCCAUGGUGCAGCCAUCGCUCCAAGACAAUAAUUGCACACACUUCACUCCUACCCAAUUUCAGUUUUUCUCCAUGUUAAAUAGUAGAUUCAGGAAAUCGGGUAGGAGUAAAGUGUGUGCAGUCGUUGACUUGGAGCGGUGGUGGUACCAAUGGCUUGUAUCCUGAAGGCAGCCUCUGAUGCACUCUAGUACACAAUUUGAAUUCUUUAGAAAGUGCUGCUUUGACAGUUUACCGACUGUCCACGUGUGGCGCUGCCUGUAUAGCCAACAUGGUCCAUUGGGAGAGUACUUGCUGGCUAUGAUGAGUUCAGCUUAUGGUCAGGCCGUGGUGAAUUGUACACACACACACACACACUAUUAACCCUUGGCUAGCAGCAUCAGUUGCUGAGUAGCACUCAAUAAAAAGAAUCAUCUCUAUUUAGUCACUGCCACCCAUAGGACUGCAGCCAGUGGUGGGAUUCUAUUUUUUUAAAAACAGGUGCUCCCACUCCAGGACUCGCUAACAACAGGUUCUUAUAACUUAUAAGUAAAAGGUGUUCAUGGGGGGAAAAUUGAGAACCCCUGAUUUAAGGUAACAGUAACAACCAGUUCUCAAGAUUAAAGAAAUUCUAAGAACAGGUUCUUGUGAACCGGUGCGAACCGGCUGAACUCCAUCACUGACUGCAGCAUAAAUAAAGUGACACGUCAUUGUAUAAGUUUUUAACAUUGCCUAUAUACAGAUUCUUCUGCAAUAUGGAGGUGUUGUUAUAUGUUUACCAUACAAUACUUCAGUUUUGUAAGUAGAUUUUGUUCAUAUUUUUAUAAGGUAAAUGGAGUCACUCACACACAGCCAAAGCUGUGCUCAGGACGUAUGAUCAGGAUGUGGCUUCCCUCCACCAUCACCAGAAAAUUGUUGCAUUACAGUUGCUCUUUAUGGCACAAUUUCUUAUUCAUUGCUGUGAACUCUCCUUCUCUUACCUUGGAAAUUGUUUUGAUAUGUGGUACAUCUUAAAACAUAUUUAUGCACAAUGCAAUUUGACAUAGAUCACAAUUGUAAAUACUUCUAACAGUUGGGAGCAGACUGGGACUUUAUGAGUGGUUAGUCGUUAGAGUUAUACACCUCUGUUGUUAAGUCAUGUAAACCACAGCCACUCAAAAGCUGCCAGUUAUGAUAUUUUUAGGCUCAGGCAAUCGUAUGUUACUGACUACUUAAUAGUGUCUGCUGGGAGAAAACAGGGCAUGAUAUUUGGAGGUGUCUAUAUAUAGGCACCCCGGAACUUGACGAUAAAUUCUAGACCAUCUAUAUAUAAUUCUGCUGCCAGCUAAGGGUUAAUAUGAUUUCCUUGAACAAAAUGUGCAUUGAUACCUUAAAUGUAACUUUCCUAUGGUGUUACACAUUACAGCAAAGCAGCACUGGUGUUAAGGGAUUUCAUCUUACCUUGUUUUUACGGAAAAAAAAAAAAGUCUCUGAAUCUUGAGAGUAGGAUCAUGCCAAUGGCCCGAGGCUUUAGUGGGGGCCAAACAGUGAUGAACAUUCUACAAAUAUUGCAUUUUAUAAGAAGUCAGAUCCUUAUUAUUUAUUUAUUCAGGGAACACUUGAUAAUGUUAGCAGGAUCUUUGGAUGAGAAAGUCUAACAAAUUAGGUAAUUAAGGUUGUUUAAGCUCUUUUGGAGGGAACUUUCAUAUCAGUCUGUAACUUAUAUGUAGCUAUUUAAAGACUUUGCUUUUCUUAUUUAAAAAAAAGAGUCAUUUUCCCUUUAGUGGAGAGGAUAGGCAUGGAAGAAACAGUGGCUGAUGAGAGUAAGGGCUAUGUGCCACUUCUGAUGCUGCCCCAAAGUGGAGUUUGAGUUCUCAUCAUACAUAAGAAAAUAGAAGUAUAAUAAAUGUAAUUUGGAGAAGUAUAAUCUGGUCUCAUUCUACAUGUUAGAUAUUUUGGGGGGGUUAGAAAGUAGUACAUUUACACUUUGGUGUCAUCAUGAAAUGUACCUCCAUCACAUCCAUACAAUAUUUGUGUUCAGUGUAUGGUCCGUCACUGCAGUAAUAAAGUUCUCCAGAGUUACAAGUACAACCCAAGCACUCACUAACAUCUGCCUGCACUGGAAAGUAUUAAAUCAUUUAACCUAGUUAAAACUUUCCAACUCGCCACACCACUGGUUGUAUUUUCAGCAGAUCAUGAGUGUGUUGAAGGCUAGAAGACAUUUCAAGAAUUAUAUAACGGAAAAUAAAGGGGAUAUGAUUCUUUA